AUGAUGAACGCGAGCUUCAGCUACGGCAGCGAGGAGAGCAGCGCCGCCUACGACUUGAGCAGCCAACGCAGCGACGACCCGAUUUCGCGCCGACGCAAGGCCGCGACUGUCGAGGCCUUGAGGGAGUCGGCUCGGAUGAGCGACAAGCGGCUGCACGAGCUGGCCGCUGCCGGCGUGUCCAGCGUCAACUGGGGCGAGCUCGACAUGGAGCUGGCGGCCGCGAGUCUCAGCGAGAAGCACGACAGCGUCUGGAAGCGCAAGAAAACGCGGCGCGGAUACUCGCACAGCGACGCCAUGAAGCUCUUCACGCGCCUCACAGUGCGUGACCGUCGACACCAGACGCGGUGGGGGCCCAAGGGCUUCGCAGUGCUGGCCGAGGGGACUUUGAACUGCACCGUGCAGGAGCUUCGCCUCGUGUUUCGCGCCGCGUCCUCGGACAUUUUCCAAGACAUGAUGCGGUGCAUCUACCGCCGUGAGUUCGUCGAGGGCGAGCUGCUGCGUACCAUCAAGAUCCAACGCGGCGAGGGGAACCCGGCCAAGGCGUACGAGCACCGGGAGCUCACCGUCAAGACUGCGACCUUCGAGAGCGGCAAGUUAUUCUCCAAGAACGAGGCCUGGUGCUUCUUGGAGAUGCUGCAGCCGCGGGACCGGGCGAAGGAGGAUCAGUCCGCGAGGAGGACGGCGUCGUCCACUGCGAGUGCCGUCAGCACGACGCCCCCGCCAGCGUUCACGAGGACUCUCGUGUCCAUCGCGCGUUCCAGUGUCGUCUUGGAUAACGUCUUCGCUCCGACGCCGCGCACGCCGCAGCACGAGCCAAACGUGGUCAUCAACUAUUCCUUUGAAGAAGACAGCAGCGGCCGCACCACGCGCGUGGUUUUCCACGGUGAAUACUUGCCUCCGGACUCCCACGAAGCAUUUAAACACGCUGGACACGAACGUCGACUAGCUCGAGUGUGGCUGCUGCGUCUCGCAGCGAGUUGCCAUCGGUUCUUGCUGGUCGUAAGACGCCGUCGACUCGGAAUGCAGGUGAUCAUCAGCAGCACGCGGCUGCCGCUCGAGACCGUCGCGAACGUCCCUCGCUGCGCCUGCUGUCGCCGCUCCUUCUCCAAGUUCUUCAAGCGCACAAGAAGACGCCUGUGCUGCUUGUGCGGCUUCCUUGUGUGUGAUAAGUGUGCCCAUGCCCAGGAGCGAGAGCACCGCGCGCGUGGCGACUCACGCCCACAGAUCGAGCAGGUGCGCGUCUGCGAGCGCUGCAUCAUCCGCGUGGACCAGGCGAGAUACACUGCAGUGACCGAGGAGGACCUGCGUCCAGCGCGAGUGAUCUCCGACUCGAGCUCGCCGAUUUCACGAGCCAACAGCACUCCAGGCGGCAGUCUCCGUGGCAUCGGCUCGAGACGUAUCAGACCCACGCUCAAGACUCGACCGGCAUCUCUCAACGACUUGCUACUGGAAACUCUCGCAGACGCAACCGCGGGCGGUGAAGCCCAGCGAAAGCGUAAGGCGAGUGUACUCAGUGUCAUGAAGGAUAUCGUUGACGAGGAGCGCGCGCGCAGACGAGCAAGCUCCGCCAGACACCGCAGUUCAUCGGCAGAUCCAACCAGGGGAACGGGUUUGCCGUUGCUUGGAGAGCGCAACGAAGACAGUGAAAACGACGACGAAGCAGAGGACCACAACGAAGGCGACGAGAUGGAUAGCGUCGAGCGUCUCAAGCAGCUGUGGGAUGAUACCCCACGCUGGGAGGACGACUACCCUCUCGCCAACGCCGACUCGAGAAGCUACCAGAUCGAGUUCCCCGAUGACCCGUCGGAAGUCAUCAUCCCCCCGAUCCCAACCAACGAGUACGAGCGACUGAAACUCAUCCGCGAGCAGCAGCUGAACGAACUGGGCGACGAACUGAGCUGCGCCGUGAGUAUGAUCACCGUCGUGGACAAGGCCCAGCUGCACGUGCUGGCCUCCACUCACCCGGCAGUGCCUGGCGGUAUGUCGGCGCCGAGAGAGCAGGGCUUCUGCACGCAAGUUAUCCUGGACAAGAACCCCCUCGUGUCUCGCCACGUCCAGGCCGAUGUGCGCUUCAGUGCCAUGUCGACCGUGCGCAAGAUGGGGAUCAACUUCUACUGCGGAUUCCCGUUGAUGGGGUCGGACGGCAAGACGGUCAUUGGAUCCGUGUGCUGUGCUGACCCGCAGGCUCGUGACUUGACGCGGUCGCAGUAUAAGGCCAUGAGCAGCCUGGCCAGCACAGCAUCGCGUGUGGUGCAGCGUGCUGCUGAGAACAAGGCAACGCGCGAACACUCCGUCGAAUGCUGA